CAAUACUCGUUAGUCUGCGUUUGCUGAUCCUAACGGCAACAUGAUUUUGCCACACUGCUGCAAUUCAAUCGCUUGUUCACCAUGGUCAUAAUAAGUUCCGAUCAAAUGCGUGUUGUUAACGUGUCUGUUAGUGCGUUGCGAUAUCGAACUAACAAUUUUUCAGUUUGAAUUUAAAAAGAACACAAAUCCGAAAAUUGAUUUGAAAAAAUAUUGUUAUUGACUGAGAUUACGAUGACGGGCGACGGAAACGGCGCAAAGUGCAACCCGGAAACGCAUCAACUCAACCCGCAGGACGACGCCCGCGUGCAGUUCACGGACACUUGCAAUGCAGAUGUCGGUUCGACUUCCGCGAGCCGUUGUGGCGGGCGGCUUCCAGUCAUCGCGGCCAACACCGCGGCCACGGUUCUGGCCGUGAUCAUUGCGUGGACGCUGCUGUACGUGAACGUGUCACCGGAACUGAUGGCCGUGCCCGGCGGCAGUCUGGCGUCCAUAUUCAUGCUGUACGUGACCGGAACUGUGGCCGGUCAACUCAUCACUAAGGUGGGCGGUCUGCCUCCGCUGCUGGGUAUGAUGCUGGCCGGUAUCGCUCUCCGGAAUUCCGGUCUGUACAACGUCACCGGUUGGUGUUUCCAAUUGGUGUCCACCAUGAGAGAAGCCGCACUUACUGUCAUAUUGAUCAAAGGCGGCCUGGAGUUGAACGCCGGUCAAUUGCGCCGGCUAAGCGGUGUUGUUGCCAGGCUCACGGUGUUGCCGUGCGUGGCCGAAGCCGUGGCCGCAGGUGUGGCUGCACAUUUCAUUUUGCCCGAUUUUUCGUUAGUGUGGGGCCUGACACUCGGGUUUACUUUAUCAGCCGUCAGCCCGGCCGUAUUAGUUCCAAGUCUAUUCCGACUUAAGCGCUUAGGGUAUGGCGAAGUAAAAGGUAUUAACACGCUGUUGAUUGCUGCUUCAAGUUUGGAUGAUGCUGUAUCUAUCAGCGCCUUUGGUAUUUUGUUAGGUGUCUUAUUCUCGACUGGUAGCUUGACCAGUAAGAUAAUACAAGGACCAAUAGACGUGUCAAUUGGAACCGUAAUGGGACUUAUUUGGGGUUGCGUUUUGAUUUUUGUACCCCCAUCGCCUUGGUCCGUGAUGUACAGUAAACGAAAAAGCAAUUGUCAAAAUACCAAAAAAUCAGAAAUAGAAAAUUCUGUAACGGCCAAAAGAUCGUUUCUACUAGGAACGGGCGGGUUCUUAGCAGUGACCGGAAGUCAGUGGUGUGGAUAUCCAGGAGCAGGGCCGCUGGCGUGUAUCAUAUCAGCAUUCGUGGCAGGAACUGGCUGGAGAAAACAGUCAGCUCAACAUAAACAAAAUAACUCAGUGAUCUCAGCUGAAGGAGUUGAUGGAGGUGGCGAGGAUAUCGAGGACGAUGAGCUUCCAGUAGUACAGGUGUUCGAACAUGCUUGGACAGGUUUACAGCCGGUGCUAUUCGCAUUCAUAGGCACCGAUCUUAAGUUCGAAUUACUGAAAAGAGGAGACAUCUUUCUCGAGCUGCUCGUACUAGCGUUCGGACUCAUAGUUCGCCUAAUUAUCACCACGUGCUCAGUGAUUGGCACAGGUUUCAGUCGUAAGGAAGUAUUAUUUGUUAAUAUUGCUUGGCUUCCGAAGGCUACAGUACAGGCUGCUUUGGCACCAGUGGCUUUGGACAUCGCAAGGAAUUUGGGUACGUCAGAAGAUGUGGAAUGUGCAACUAGAUUAGUAACAAUAGCUGUGGUAUCCAUUUUAUUGACGGCACCGAUGGGUGCGUUUGGUAUACAGUUAUUUGGUCCUAGACUGUUACCCAAAAGUAGUUAA